AUGCGUAGAGUUUACGAUCCAGUGCAUGACAUAUUUUCAUCGCAACCGGAAAUACCAUCAUCACCAAAUACUAAGAAGGCGCACCUAGAUUCAAGCCCAGAAGAAACGUCAAUAAUACUAACACCAACCGCUACUAACAGUACAAUUAGCAAUGACGACAAUAAUAAUCAUACUUUUAAAAAAUUAACCAUCAGUAAUCUGACUGGUAACACUACAAAUUAUGACCCGAUUCAUGAUAUAAUCAAUAAUCGUAAUCAGCAUCUUGAAUCGCCCCAGUCUAAGACUAAAUAUAAAAAUAGAAUUGAUAGUGGUGGCAGUCCAAAACAAAAAAAAGGUCAAAAGCAACAACACGCUCAUAUUGAUGGAAUUAACAAUGAUGGAUCUUCAAUAAAUAGCGCUAACAGAGAGCCUUCAAGGUACCAAAGGCACUUAAAAAAAGUGGAUGGUGAAGCAUUUACUAGAAAAGAUAUCCAGCACAGUUUUAUGUUAGAAUUAUUUAAAGAUAAAAGAUUGUUAUUUACCAAUUACUUAAAGGAAAACAAUUAUAUUGACGAAAUAUUGUCUAACGUUCCAACAUCGUCUAAAAUUUGUCAGCAAAACUCUGUUGAAAGUGUUACUCCUUGCACACUUUCCCCCUUUGAUGGAGAUGAAUAUGAUGCAAGAAAAUUCAUAAAUAACGAUAAAUUAACGUUUUCCCAAUUGUAUAUUUUGACAAUAAUAUCCUCAAGUAAAUGUUCCAAGAUACUCCGAGAGAAGCUAAUAUUAGAUGGCCAGAUUGCCUCAUCGAUGUGUAUUUUGUCUUUAUUAGUCAAUAUUGGUCGGCUAAAUACCACAAUUAAUUUCUUUUUAAAAAUGACUUCACAGUUAAGAACAUUCCAUACAAUUCCGGUACUACAGUGUGGUGUUGAUAAUAGCAGUAAUGCCAGUGCCAAUGGUGACAAUUCUACUAGACAAUUACAAGAUACUCCUCGAAUUAAAUCCAUUUUGAAAAGCUUACCUAUAGGUAAUCAUCCUGUUUCUUUUAAAAACUUGUAUGAUUUUUCAACUGUUCAUUCUACAAAAAAAGUUGGUAAUAAAGAAAAUAAUUAUUCUCAGACUCAUAAUCAUAACAAAUGGAAUGUUGUGAAUCUAUUAUUCAAUAUAUGUGAAUAUCCAACCAUAAUAAAUAAAAAGUUUAUAACAGACGAUUUAGUGAAAUUCGAAAUUAUGAGUACUAAUGAUGGUGAUACUAACCAUGGUGAUGAUGAUUAUAAUGGUGAUAAUGGUGAUAAUGGUGAUGAUAAUAAUAAUAAUGACAAUAAUAAUGGUGAUAAUGGUGAAGAUAAGAAUAAUAAUGACAAUAAUAAUAAUAAAGCUCACAAAUUCACCAUUUUUGAUAUUUUUGACAACGGAAAUUAUAACCCGAAAGAUAGGAGUAAUUUUAUAAUUUGGCUACUUUAUGUUCAUUUAGAAACAGAUUUGACCCAAAAUGCAAUUUUAAAAACAAUUUUGGACGGUGAUGUUGAAGAUAACAAAUUUAAAAUUACAAAAGAUGGUUACUUUUUGAUGCAUUUUUUGGAACCAUGUGAUAAUAAAGAUGUAGAUACUCAAGAAGAAUUGCAAUUUGCCGAAAAUCAAACCAAAUUAAGAAAGAUUUUCUUAGAAAGUUCAGAACAGGCGGAUAAUGCAAAUAUCCAGAAUGCUGAAAAUGUCAAAUAUAAGGAAAAAGAAAAUAUGGAUUCUGAUAAUGCAACUGAAAGGACAAAUGGAUUAAAGAGCGAGUUAAAUGGAAAUAGCGCCGCUGCUUCUUAUUUUACUAAUAAUAAUAAUAAUAAUAAUAAUAAUAAUAAUAAUAAUAAUAAUAAUAAUACCAAAACUAACAUCGAUAUUCAAAACAAUAAAUCAGAAAGCGCAAAUACAAAUAAUACUAAUACUGCCGUAAUUAUUAAUACAGAUACUAGUAGCAAAAUGGCACCCGCACCCACAAAAAAAAGGGUUAGAAAGAAGAAAGACACUGAAAUUGUACAAUCAUCAAGAACAUCAGCGCCUUUGAAAAGACAAAGAAAAAAACUAACUAAAAAAGAAAUGGCUAAACAGCUUGCUCUAGAUAAAUUUGAAAACAAUCUUAAUAAACUAAUCGCCCUGGAGAAUAAUCAAGUAUUGAAGGCUAACGACACCGAGCACCAGCAAUUGUUUGUUAACAACACCGGCGUUGUUUGUAAUAACAUAACUAAUCAAGUCUUUAGAGAAAAGUUAAAUGACAUACAAAAAAUAGCCCGAAGUAAAAGAAAGGAGUUGGGGUUAAUUAAAAUAUUUAAUGAAUAUGAAGACAUGCCUAUGGCUACGGUUUUGGGUGUUAGAGGUAAAAAAAGAAAGAAAUAUAAGGAUAAUGUACUAGGUUUCGAAACGGAUUUGCUAAGAUGCUUUAAAGUGGCCAAAAAAAAAUUUUUAGACAAAUAUUUAAAUAUUUCAUACGUUCCUGAUCCUGUUUAUCGAUCUAAUAAUGCAAAGUCGUUAGAAGUCAAUAACACAUUUGGGGCCAAAGUUGAUAAUUAUGAUGCUAUUCCAAAUACUUGUAAUAAUAUUAAUAAUACAAGGGAUGUUAAAACUAUUAGUGAUAGCACAGAAAAAGAAAAGGGGGGAAGGGAAUUUCAUGGAUAG